AUGGAAGCGAUUCGAGCUAUUCAACCGAUGCUCAGCACUUUCCCGUUGAGAAAACUACCGUUUGUAGCAUUGAAACAUGUGAUUAAAGUCAUGGAUAUUGAUGAAAUAGUAAAAAUUGCAAUUACCUCGAAAUAUAUGGAAGCUAUUGUAAAAGUCUGUUAUAUUCGAAUCAGACAGCUUAGGGUUAAUCUUUACGGGGAACGCACUUAUGUUAGUUUGGAUUACCCCGGUGUGACACUUUCUUGUGGUACCAACCCUUUCAACCAUCCCAGUAUACCAAAAUUGAUAAAGGAGGAUUUGAAACCUUGGUUCUCCGAAACAUCGACAAUCUUCGAAAACACACGUCAGUUAUUUACUCGAAUUUAUAAACUUUUUAGAUGUGAUCACUUCAAUAUGCUGAUAAGCUCAUCCACUCAAAAUAUCAAGGAGGUUCUGGAAAUUCCAGAAUUCCGAAACUUUGCAGUUUUGUAUUUGGUUGGGGGACAUUUCAAGAAGGAACAGCUGGAUGAAGUGAUGGAUUUUGAGAGAGAAGACCAAGAUUUGCAUAUAAUUAGAGGUGAAAUUCCAGAAGAUUAUUAUCAUCCAAAUCUCUUCAAGUACACUGAUGUCCAUUACUGCGAUGCUCGUUGGAUCCGUCUGGAACAUCUUCUUUCGAUUAAAAACAACUUUGCAAUCACACUAGGGAAGAACAAUCUGACUCUAUCAGAUAUCAACAAAUUUCUCCAUCACUGGGUGAAUUCGGAAUAUGAUUUAUUCAAUUGGAUGACCAUAGAUAUUGUGGAAGAAGAAAUAAUGCCUGUUUUAUUUCAUGGGAUUGAUGUAUUGAUAGGGUAUCGGUUUGGAAGUGAGCGCAGACUAAUCUCAGUCAACUCACCAAAGACUCGAAAACGGCCUAUACUGAGUAUAGUCCAGUCGCAGUUGUGUAUUUAUAUAAAUACCUGGUCUAUUCAUCAACGCCCUUAUAAAGAGUAUCUUUAUGAUCAUUCAUUGAUGAUUUUUGAUAAAUCGUAUGCUCCAGAGUAUAAAGUUCUACAGUUGCUGAAACGGAGAAGUGUAUUGAAUUCGAAACUGAAGCAAGUGAAAGAGGAUUCUCUAGAAAAACAGGAACUCACUGGAAAGAUUGAUAAGACAAAUAAAAAACUUCAGUUGAAAGGAGUGGAAUAUGAAAACGGAUGGCCUAUUCUACGUAGUGGUGUUGAGGUACUGUAG